GCCAUCUGUGUCCUUUUGUGGGAACGAGUCUAACAAAGGACUGGUUCUCGGCACUCUGCUGCUUUCGCGUGGGGACCACAGCAGCCUGGCAGCGACAUGUACCCCUCUAACUGUUCCACGCACAGUGACGCCGUGGAGGUGUCUGUGGCCACACUUCUGCUGCUGGAGGGCGCACUGGGCCUGCUGGGCAAUGCUGUGGCGCUCUGGACCUUCUUCUGCCGCCUGAAGGUGUGGCGGCCGUACGCCGUCUACUUGUUCAACCUGGCGGUCGCGGACCUCCUGCUGGCCAUCUGCCUGCCCUUCCAUGUGGUCUUUUUCCUGAGACACAAGACCUGGGGCUGGGGCCACGGGUCUUGCCGAGCCCUGCUGUUCCUGCGCACCCUCAGCCACCAGGUGAGCGUCGCCUUCCUCACCGCCGUGGCUUUGGACCGUUACCUCCGAGUGGUCCACCCUCAGCUCAAGGUCAACCUUCUGUCCUCGCGGGGGGCCCGGGGAGUCUCAGCCGUUGUCUGGCUCCUGAUGGUCGCCCUCACCCACCAAAGCUUGUUCACCUCGGAGGACCAGUGCCCCAGGUCUGACGCCAGCGGGGGUGCCUCCUUCAGCCUUACGUGGCAAGAAGCCCUCACCUUCCUCCAGUUCGUUCUUCCCUUCAGCCUCAUCUUGUUCUGCAAUGCUGGCAUCAUCAGGACCCUGCAGAAGCGGCUCCGAGACCCGGACAGACAGCCCAAACUGCAGCGCGCCCGGGCACUGGUGGCCGCCGUCGUGGUGCUGUUCGCGCUGUGCUUCCUGCCCAGCUUCCUGGCCCAGAGCCUGAUGGCCAUCGUCCGCGGGGUGCACAGCUGCAGGGUCCUGAGUGCACUGGAGCACAUGGUGGACGUGACCAGCAGCCUGACCGGCCUGCAGAGCGUGCUGAACCCGGUGGUGUACUGCUUCUCCAACCCCGCGUUCAGGAACUCGUACCGCAAGGUCUUCUCCACCCUCAGAGGCCAAGGCAGGACGCCGAGGCUCGGGGCUGCGACCUCAGACACUCCAACUCCUGAGGAGUAGGACAGCCAGCUCCCCCAGCCCCGUGUUUGUGGGCAAUGCCUGGGAGCUCAGUAAGAAUGACCAGUAGCUACGAUCCGGAAGAAAAGGAAGCCUGAGACGGCGCUAUAGAGAUCAGGCUACAAACGUGGGCAAAGCGGCAGCAAAUGCUGUGAUUUACUGUGUUUACCAGGGUUUUCUUCUGCUACUGUACAUAAUAGAGCAGCAAACCACAAUUAGGAAGCCCUUGUACGCAGUUACAAUGCAGGCUAAAUUGCUCAAUUGAAAACUUCGGCAGCCACUGCGUAUCCACACCUGAAGAAAGGUACACUGAUGGAUCAGUAGUGGAAGAGAGGGGGGCUGGAAGCUGGGAUUGUUCUGACUCCAGCUGGUCCACGUGAGUCAUUUUCCUUUUCUGCAGUUUGUAAAUGCAAAAACUCUGUGCUUCCGUCCCAUCUCUUGCACAGAUGUGUGAUGAUUGACCUGGGAAAGGGGGCUUUGGGAUUCUACAAAGAGCUUCUGGUGUGUCUAAGCUGUCUUCCCUACUCAGCUCUAUUUGGCACAUGAUGUGUUUAGUUUGAUAAAUGUUCACUUCAUUUGUGUAGAUAUACAUUACAUCAAAGACAAUACAGCUAGUUCCCUAGUUUAUUAUA